AUGGCCUCUACAGACGCUCUUCUAUUUACGCCUCUAAAGCUCGGCAAGAUAGAGCUUGGUCACCGUGUUGUACUAUCGGCACUUACACGACUCCGUGCCGACAAAAAUCAUGUUGCCACAGACCUCAUGAAGGAGUAUUACCUUCAGCGUACCUCGAUACCAGGCGGCCUUAUUAUCGCUGAAUCCGCCUCCAUCGCUAAGCACCAUGGCGGUAUGUCAUACACUUCAGCUAUAUGGGGCGAGGAACACAUCCAGGGCUGGAAACCCAUCGUCGAUGCUGUUCACAACAAAGGCGGCUUCAUGUAUCUUCAGCUUAUGGCAUUUGGAAGGGCUGCCCAACGUUCAGCUGCUGAAGAAGAUGGGUUUAAGAUCAAAGCUCCCAGUGCCAUUCCUUUUGAGGGAAGUGAAACGCCAGAAGAGAUGACGGUCGAAAGCAUCAAGAGCACAGUCCAAGAUUACGUCCAAGCAGCCAAAAAUGCCGUGCGCGCUGGAUUCGACGGCGUUGAGCUCUACGCUGCCAAUGGCUACCUCCUUGAUCAAUUCAUUCAGGACGUGAGCAACCAGCGGACCGAUGAGUAUGGCGGCAGCAUCGAGAACAGAAAUCGCAUAGUUGUAGAGAUCGUCCAAGCUGUUGCCGAUACUGUUGGGGCAGAACGUGUGGGCAUCAAGCUAAGCCCAUGGUCUGAGUUCCAAGGCAUGCGCAUGGAAAAUCCCAUUCCACAGUUCACCGAUCUUAUUCGACGGAUCAACAACAUUGGAAUUGGCUAUCUGAAUCUCAUUGAGUCUCGGGUCUCAGGAAUCGACUACACGGAUGGCACAGAGAAGCUCGACUGGGCAUGGGCAGUCUGGGACAAGGCGAUUAUUGCAACAGGAGGCUAUCUACCUGAGACGGCACUGGAGCUGGUUGAGAAGCACCCGGGCAGGGAUAUUGUUGUCGCCUUCGGAAGGCGAUAUGUCUCGAACCCUGACCUGCCAUUCCGUAUCCAGAGAGGCCUUGAGCUCAACCCGUAUGAUCGCAGUUCAUUCUACAAAGUGGGCGCUCCUGAGGGACUCAUUGACUAUCCGUUUAGCAAGGAGUAUUUGACGCUGCAGAAAAACUGA